AUGGAGUUCAAGAAGACCCCGGUGGAGGAGGACUAUCACAUCACAUCCAGGGUGUUGGGCCACGGGAUCAGCGGGAAAGUCUUGGAAUGUGUCUGCAAGAAGACUGGAGAGAAAUGCGCCCUCAAGAUCCUGCAGGACACCCCCAGAGCGCGGCGGGAGGUGGAGUUACACGGCCAAGCCUCCGGGGGGCCCCACAUCGUGAGAAUACUCAGUCUGUACGAGAGCAUGCACAAGGAGAAGAAGAGCAUCCUCGUCGUCAUGGAGUGCCUGAACGGAGGAGAGCUGUUUAACCGGAUAGAAGCCAGAGGAGACAAGGCCUUCACCGAGAGAGAGGCCUCAGAGAUCAUGCAGGAUGUGGGGACGGCCAUCAGCUUCCUGCAUCAGCUCAACAUCGCUCACAGAGACAUAAAGCCUGAGAACCUGCUGUACACGACGACAGACAACGACGCCAUUCUGAAACUCACCGAUUUUGGAUUCGCCAAAGAGACGAUCGUUCACAACUGCCUCCAGACGCCGUGCUACACUCCGUACUACGUGGCUCCAGAAGUUCUCGGUCCUGAAAAAUAUGACAAAUCCUGUGACAUGUGGUCGUUGGGGGUCAUCAUGUACAUUCUGUUGUGUGGGUUCCCUCCGUUCUACUCCAACACGGGACAAGCCAUUUCUCCAGGGAUGAGACAGAGGAUCAGACGAGGACAGUUCGAUUUCCCUGAUCCAGAGUGGGACGACGUGUCUGAUGAGGCUAAACAGAUCAUCGUGGACUUACUGAAGACCAACCCGAGCGAGAGGAUGACGAUUCAACAGUUCAUGAACCAUCCCUGGAUCAGCCAGUCAAUGGUGGUCCCUCAAACCCCUUUGCACACGGCCAGAGUUCUGACUGAAGAAAAGGACUUAUGGGACAAUGUGAAGGAGGAACUGACCACCGCUUUGGCCACGAUGAGAGUGGACUAUGAACAAGUGAAAAUCAAAGAGUUGGAUCUGUCCAAUAAUUCUCUCCUGAACAAGAGGAGGAACAAGGCGCUGCCCGGUGGAGACGAGGGGAAGUAG